CUUUUUUAUUAUUCAUGUUAAGUUGGUAGUUAUGUGUAUGUAGAGGAAUGUGUAGUUUAAGGUACACAUAGCUUUUAUUUAUUUAUUUAUUUAGUAAUUUUAGCAUACAUACAGAGGUACAAAAAAAUACAGCAUGGUGCCAAAUGCAGCAUAUAUUGGACCUGUACUUCAUGUUGUGCACAAUAUGGGUUGCGAUAUUUUUUUAUAUGAGAGGUCUAAGUCACACAAGACCUAAAAAGUGGUUUGAAGGCCUAUGGUGACAGUGUUUACUAUACAGGCUUCUGUAUAUAGUUAUCCUGAUUGUGAAGAUGGCUGAUAAUAUAAAGUCAUGGCUUCAUUCCUAUUGUGAAAAGAAAAAAAUCACUCCAAAUUUCGAAGUUAGAAAUUCAGGUCCAAAAUAUCGUCAGCGAUUUUUAUGUGAAGUACGUGUUUCUGGUUACAACUACAUUGGUGUUGGCAAUUCGACCUGCAAAAAAGACGCUCAGUCUAAUGCUGCUAGAGAUUUUGCACAGUUUCUUGUCCGUCAGGGAGAGGUGCAGUCAAAUGAAUUGCCAGAUUUUAAGGUGCCUGAAGCUGGUGGUGGUGAGGAUGGUUCUCGUUCUGGAGGUGGAGAAGAGUUCAAAUUUUCUGCCCCAAUGGCUCCUGUCCCAGGCCUCAGAGAAGAAGGAAAUGUUUACCAUCCUAUUCAGAGGGAAGGUCGACAGAUGACCUACAUGGAGCGCAUACAGGAGCGGAAAGCCAUAGAAGAUGCUGAAGAAGUGGAUCUUACUGGAAAUAUUCAUGGUAACUGGACAGUUGAAAAUUCAAAAUCCCGUCUGCACAUGUUUCUUCAGACAAACAAGAUAAAGGCUGACUACAAGUAUAGUGCCAUUGGACCAGACCAUAACAGGAGUUUUGUGGCUGAAAUGUCUUUUUAUGUGAAACAACUCCAAAGAAAUGUUUAUGCAAGAGAAACUGGAUCCAAUAAACAAGCUGCCAGUAAAAGUUGUUCUCUCUCACUUGUCCGUCAACUCUACCACCUGAAUGUUAUCGAGCCAUUUUCUGGGACACUGAAGAAAAAGGACAGCAAUCAACUAAAGCCAUAUCAAGUAUCUCUUUCACCUGAAGCUAUAACUCUGUUGGACUCUGUAAUUAAGGUCACAGGUGUCCAGCCAAUCAUGCCAGGUAGUGAUCCUUCCCAAGCCAUCAACCUGAUCACUGAUGUUAAGCUGGCAGAAUUUGAGGCAUCUGAAGCACCUCAGUCAACUGGGGGAGUGGUGUCCUGGUCUCCACCACAACAAAACUGGAAUGCAUGGACCAGCUGUAAUUUGGAUGAGGGUCCAUUGUCUACACUCACUUUAAAUCAAAUUAGUGCUGAUUUGCAAAGAGCUCAAAAGGACCGUCUGCAGAGUGAUCAAAGGUUACAGUCACUGUUGGAACAGAGAACCCAGUUACCUGUGUACAAAAUGAAGCAGGAUAUAAUGGCUGCCAUUUAUGAAAACCCAGUUACUAUCAUUAGGGGCAACACAGGCUGUGGUAAGACAACUCAGGUUUGUCAGUAUAUAUUGGAUGACUACAUUCAGUCAGGAUCAGGAGCCUAUUGCAACAUAUUUGUCACACAGCCUCGUCGUAUAUCUGCAGUGUCUGUUGCUGACCGUGUUGCCUGUGAGCGUGGAGAAGAUACUGGUAAUAGUGUUGGAUAUUCUGUACGGUUUGAGUCUGUACUUCCAAGACCAUAUGGUGGAAUAUUAUUCUGCACUGUUGGAGUUCUGCUGAGAAAGUUAGAAGCUGGGCUGAGAGGUGUAUCUCAUGUGAUUGUUGAUGAAAUUCACGAGAGAGACAUCAACACGGAUUUUAUACUUAUUGUGUUACGUGACAUGGUGCGUGCUUUCCCAGAUCUUCGCAUAAUUCUCAUGUCUGCGACCAUCGAUAUUUCACUAUUCUCUGAAUAUUUUGUUAACCCAUGUCUGAUUGAGGUACCAGGACGAGCCUUUCCUGUAAAGGAGUAUUUCUUAGAAGACUGUAUUGAGCUUACAAAGUUUGUGCCCCCUCCUGACACCAGAAAGAAGAAUAAAAAGGAGAAGGAUGAUGAAGUAAUGGGGGAUGAACCAGAAGAGAACCUGAAUAUUAUAACCUCUGGUCACUAUUCCGAUGCUACGAAAAGAUCAUUGUCCAUGCUGACUGAAAAAGAUUUAAGCUUUGAAUUGAUGGAAGCUUUGCUGAAAUACUUAGAUACUCUUAACACCCCUGGAGCUGUUCUGAUAUUUCUUCCUGGCUGGAACCUCAUUUUUACUCUUAUGAGACACCUAAAGCAACACCCAACUUUUGGAGGACAUAAGUACUGCAUAUUACCUCUGCACUCACAGCUUCCACGAGAGGAUCAGCGCAGAGUGUUUGACUUAGUUUCAGAUGGUGUUAGGAAGAUUAUCCUGGCAACAAACAUUGCUGAGUCUUCCAUCACAAUCAAUGAUGUUGUGUUUGUGAUCGACUCUUGUAAAGCAAAAAUGAAACUCUUCACAUCACAUAAUAACAUGACCAACUAUGCAACGGUGUGGGCUUCACGAACCAACUUGGAACAACGCAAAGGUCGAGCUGGAAGAGUCAGGGCUGGCAUUUGUUUCCAUAUGUGCAGUAAGGCUAGAUAUGAGAGAUUAGAUGAACACAUGACUCCAGAAAUGUUCCGCACUCCCUUACAUGAAGUGGCUCUGUCGAUUAAGCUUUUACGCUUAGGAUCCAUCGGUGAAUUUCUGUCUAAAGCUGUUCAGGCUCCACCCAUAGAUGCUGUUAUUGAAGCAGAAGUCACAUUAAGAGAGAUGAAGUGUUUGGACAACAAUGAUGAACUAACUCCUCUUGGACGUAUCCUGGCAAGACUACCAAUAGAGCCUCGCUUGGGGAAGAUGGUGAUCCUGGGUUGUAUCUUCUUUUGUGGUGAUGCCAUGUGUACCAUUGCUGCACACAACUCUACUUCUCCUGAAAUUUUUAUCAUUCCUCCAGAAUUCCGUCGACUUAGCCCGUUUCAGCGUGCCUUUGCUGGCAAUCGAUACAGUGAUCACAUAGCAGCAUUAAACGCAUUUAAUGCAUGGGAAGAAGCCAGAGCUGGAGGAGAGGAUGCUGAGAUAGGAUUUUGUGACUACAAAGGACUGUCUAUGCCAACACUACGGGUUACAUGGGAAGCAAAAAAUCAAUUGAAGGAGUUACUUGUCAACACUGCUGGAUUCCCUGAAGAGUGUCUUUUGCCUCAGACAUUUAACUUUAAUGGUCCAGAUGCCAAGCUAGACAUUAUAGUGGGCCUUCUAACUUUAGGACACUAUCCCAAUGUCUGUGCUCACAAAGAAAAGCGUAAGGUGCUGACAACAGAAUCCAAGGCUGCUCUCAUCCACAAAUCAUCUGUCAACUGUAGUAAUUAUGAAUUGACCUUCCCCUCACCUUACUUUGUGUUUGGAGAAAAGAUUCGCACUCGAGCUGUGUCUUGUAAGCAGAUGACAAUGGUGACUCCAGUCCACUUACUGCUGUUUGGAUCUAGACAUGUAGAAGCUGUGGAGGGUGUUGUUCGCUUAGAUGGAUGGAUUAAUUUAGACUUCUCAGCUGAGCUUGCAGCCAAGAUCUUGACACUGAGACCAUCUUUGGAGAGUCUCAUUGUUAGAGGAGCAUCAAACCCUGAGUGUAUAACUGAACCUUCGCAUCAAGAUGAACAAGUCAUGAACUGCAUUCGUCAGUUGUGCCGAAUGAAUGCAGGCCGCCAUAAUUUGGAACGAAUUGCCACGGGAGAUUUUAACACACCUAGACCACCACGUCAGUUUGGUGGACCACAAAUAAAGAGAAUGAGGACAGAUGAUGGUCCAGGUGGUUUUGGAGAUAGCAAUGGAGGGUUCAGAGGAGGUUACAGUAACAACAGUGGGUUUGCAGGUGGUCGGGGCUAUGGUCGUGGAGGCCGUGGAGGUUAUGGUGGUAACCGAGGAGGAUUUGGUGGCAACCGUGGAGGGUUUGGCGGUGACCGUGGAAGUUAUGGUGGUAGCCUAGGAGGAUUUGGUGACCAUGAAGGUUCUAGUAGUAGCCUAGGAGGAUUUGGUGACCGUAGAGGUUGAGUAGUAGCCUAGGAGGACUUAGUGACCGUGGAGGUUCUAGUAGUAGCCUAAGAGGAUUUGGUGACCGCUUAGGUUCUAGUAGUAGCCUAGGAGGAUUUAGUGGCGACCAUGGAGGUUAUGGUGGUAACCGAGGAGGAUUUGGUGUGGCCCGUGAAAAUUAUGGUAAUAACCAAGGAUUCGGUGGUGGCCGUGAAGGUUAUGGUGGUAGCCGAGGAUUUGGUGGUUAUGGUGGUUGCCGAGGAGGGUUUGGCGAUAGCAAUGGAAGCUUUGGGGAAAAGUUUGGCAGUAGUCUUGGAAAUUUUGGCAAUGGCCGUGGAGGUUUAGGUAGUCUUGGUGGUUCAAGCAGCAGCCUUGGUACUUCAGGUAGUACUUUUGGUUGUGCAGGCAGUAGUCUUGGCAUUUCAAGCAGCAGCCUUGGUAGUUCAGGUGGUAGUUUUGGUGGUUCAGGCAGUAGCCUUGGCAGUUCAGGCAGGAUCCUUGGUGAUUCAGGCAGUAGCCUCCGAGGUUUUGGGGGAGAUCUUGGAAGUUUGAGCAGUAACCGUACAGGUUUGAGCAGUAGUCUUGGAGGCUUGAGCAGUAGCCGGGAAGAUUAUGGAAGUAGGCUUGGAGGAUUUAGUAGUAACCUAGGAGGUUUGAGGGGAGAUUGUGGAAGUUUAAGGGGAGACCAUAGAGGCUUUGGCAGUAGCUAUGGAAACUUUGAGAAGGACUGUAAAAAUUUUGGAGGAGGCUUUAAAAGUGACUGUGGAGGUUUUGAAGGAGAACAUGGAAGUUUUGGAAGUAACUGUAGAAAUUUUGGUAGCCGCGAAGGUUUUGGUAGUAGUCGUGAAAGUUUUGGGGGAGAACGAGGAGGUUUUGGCAGUAGCCGUGAAAGUUUUCGAGGCAGUUUUGGUAGUGACCGUGGAAGUUUUAGGGAAGAUUUUAAUGGUAGUCAUGGAAAUUAUGGUGGUGCCAAACAAGAGAUUGGCUCAGAGUAACUGAAUAUUAUUAAAACAGAAUUAAGAUUUCAAUGUCACCUUGGAAUGGAUUUCAAAAUUUUUUUUCAAUGAACCAGCCAUAUCCCAUCGAGGCAGAGUGACCUAAAAAGAAAAACUAAAGUCUCUCUUUUUAAAUUUAGUAAUGUAUGCAGGAGAAGGGGUUACUAGCCCCUUGCUAUUGAAAGUGAUGUAUGUUCUUAUAUAUGGUACAUUUUUAGUAUUAUGUUAUUACUGGAAAAGAUUGAAGCUUCAUUUUGCUAAGCAUUAUAGUAUUAAAUGUUUUACCACAUUUUCUAGUAAAACAAUAUGCAAUUUCAAGUAUUUUUACUGAUUAUGAUUUAUUCUGUAAAUUAAAAAUUAAUAUUCCUGUAUUUACAAACAGUACAAACUGAGUAAUAAUUAAGUUUAUAAG